AUGUCUCAAGGCGACAACGCGGCGCCAUCAUCACCACACGUAACCGCUGUCGCCGUCAAACUACCUCCAUUCUGGGACCGCAAUCCAGCCAUUUGGUUUGCCCAAGCCGAAGCGCAGUUUCAUCUGUCCGGCAUCACUUCCCAGACCACCCGGUUCUACAACGUCAUCUCGGCUCUGUCUCCAACCGCCGCCGAAGAGGUGCACGAUCUCAUCACCUCCCCACCACCCGAGCACCCGUACGACCGACUUAAGGCUGCUUUGCUCAAACGCACUUCCACAUCGGACCGCGAACGUCUCAGGCAGUUGUUAUCUGCAGAAGAGCUCGGCGAUAGGCGUCCAACGCAGCUUUUACGUCGGAUGAAGCAGCUUUUGGGAGACGACGUUUCCGCAGCCGGUGACCGAUUCCUGCACCAACUUUUCAUGCAACGCCUGCCAACUAACGUCCAAAUGGUUCUGGCCACCGCGUCGAACCUACCCCUGGACGAGCUUGCUUCCCUUGCUGACGCGGUCAUGGAAGUCGCCUCACCACACCAAGUCAGCGUCCUUGAGCGACCUGCGGCUUUACAGAACGCCACUCCUCCGCCACAGGCCGACCAUCGUUCCCCCCUUUCUCCACCCGACAUUCAGGUGAUGGCGCAGCAGAUCAGCCACCUCACGCAGCUUGUCGCGUCACUUGUCACCCGCCCGCGAUCCCCAAGUCCGCGCCGCCCUCGACACCGCCGAGGCCCCCCGUCGGAACGCCGAUCGCGCUCUCGGUCGGACAGUUCAGGUGGCCUCUGCUGGUACCACCGUCGCUUUGGUGCGAACGCCAAUCAUUGCCUGCUUCCUUGUACCUGGACGGGAAACCCGCCGGCCUCCCACUAA